UGCUGUCUUAUGAACUCAUGCCGCGCAUCAGCUGCUUGUAGUCCGCACUGUUUCCGUGGAGCUGACGGCAAUCUGCUCACGCUACAGGUGAGGUGCCUUUAAACUCUGGACCAAACCAACAGUGCUGAAAAUGAAGAUCUGUGUUGCUUUUAUUGUAGUAGCUGUUCUUCACAUCGCUCAGGCUGUUUGUCCAGAUAAGUUGCCUGGUCUACAACCCUGGACUCCUGGACACAAUGAAGCCCACAGAGUCACCAUCGGUUACGGCCGCAAAGUUGUCCUCACCUCAUCCGCGACUGUCCAUUCCAUCAAGAUCCUCAACGGAGGGAAGCUUGUGAUCGCCGAUUCCAGUCGACCCAUUUUUCUGCGGGCUAAGCACAUCCUCAUCGGGAACAAGGGUGAACUUCACAUUGGCAGUCCAGAAUGUCCUUACAAAGGCAACCUCACCAUCUCUCUCUUUGGCAGGUCUGACGACAGCGAGGUCGAACACAGUUAUUUUGGCCGCAAGUACAUUGGCGUAGGAACUGGAGGAACCUUGGAGAUUCACGGUGAAAAGAAGCUGUCAUGGACUUUCCUGAACAAAACCCUCCAUCCUGGGCAGGGUAAUGAGAACAGUUACCGUUUCGAAAGGAGCUGGGGCAACAGAGGCGUCAUCAUUCACGUCAUCAACCCGAAGACUGGAGAUGUGCUGCACACUGAUAGGUCAUUGGGACACCAUCUCCCCUCAACAUUUUUUGCUCUUAAAGUUCAUUUCUAAUUAAUGCAUGCUUGCUUCUUGACAGAUGAAAGGUUGUUACUUCAGUACAUCAUGCAAAACCAACUAACCGAUGGCUUUAAUGUGCGGUUGGAAUUAAAACAGUAAUUACAAAUCGACUGUCAAAACAAACAGCGCUUCCAAGUUGGCAUCUUCACAGGCGAUUGAUCUAUGACUAUUU